UUCUGUUCGGAAUCUCGAAACAAAAUUUUUUUUAAUAUAAAUAAAAUCAAAGUUUAAUAAAUUAAUUUUUGAUUAACAUAAUUUCAGGUGUUCAUUUAAAAUUUAAUUUAAUAAAAAAAUAUAUUAAAUUGAUUUUAUAUAUAAAAAAAAAAAUAAAAACCUAUUAUUAAAAAUCUUGAAAAAAUAAAUAAACGAAUUUUUUGUGAAAUUUGAAAAAAAUAAAAAAAUAUUGUGCAAUAAUAAAACAACAAGAAAAAUAAAAAAAAAAAAAAGUUACUCAUAUUAAAAUUUACUAAUACGUAGAAAGAAAAAGAGAAUUGCUUUUACAGACAAGUGUCAAAACAAACCCAACCAACAAAAAUUUCGAAAAAAAAAAAGUGAUUAAUUCAAAACUCAGCAAUUCGGCUAAGCAAGAGGAUUUCACAAAAAUUAAAUUAGAACCAAAAAAAAAGAAAUAUUUUUUUAAAUAAUUAAAAAUAAAUAUACGUAUAUAUUUUUAUAUUUUUAAAUAUAAUUAAAUUAUAUAUUUCUUGGAAAAUAAAAAUUAACUAAUAAUUUUUGUACCUACAUUACAUACAUUUCUAAAAAAAAAAAAAGGAAUAUGAGUGGAUAUAAAAUCAAUUUCAACCAAGAUUUUUCGGCACCAGAUCUUUCACAAUUCGGAUUAAUUGGCUCAAAUCAAGAUGAUGAUGAUAAUGAUAGUGAUUUAGAAGCUGAAUUAGCUGCUCUAACAUCUGGUCAAUCGAAAUCUCCAGCAAAAAAACCCAAAACAAAAUCAGUUGUAAAACAAUCCGAAUUGGAUAGAAUGGUAGCUGAAAGUUUAAAAGAUAUAAAUGAUGAUGAUAUUUCUGAUGGUGAUGAUGAUCCAAAUUUAUUAAAUGAGUUACAAGAAUUAACUGGUGAUGAUGUUGAAACAGAAGAAAUAGAAGAAUCUCAAAAUCAAGAAGAAAUAGAAGAUUCAUCACCAAAAUUUGAACCGACAACUACAACUUCAAUUAUAAAUUUAUUAAAUGAGCGUAUUGAAAUGUAUAAAAUAGGAGAGCAAAAUGCAAAAGCAGCGAAUGAGGCUAGUAAAGCACGUCGUUUUAAUAGAGCCUUAAAAACUUUACAAGAUCUUUUAAAACAAGCUAAAGCUGGAAAAACCAUCAAUAAUGAAGAUAUACCUCCAGAAAUUGCAAUCAAAACACCUUCCUCCCAAGCAGAUGAUAAUGCAAAUGAUAUAGUUUCCACUAGUCCUAAAGUAACUCCAACUAGUCCUGUUAUUACGCCUACUUCAAAUAAUGAUCCCCAACAAGAUAAAAAAUCAGAUGAAAGUUCAGUCAACCCUAAAUUAGUGCAACUUAAAUCUAGGCAACAAGAGUAUAAAAUAGCAGCACUUCAAGCAAAACGUAACGACGAAAUUGAAAAUGCUAAACAAUUUGUCCAAAUUAUAAAACAAUUUGAUGCAGUUAUAAAAAUGGCAGAAAAUGGAGAACCGGUAGAUCUUAGUGAUAUGCCACCACCUCCAGAUCAGCUGAAAGAGUUUUUAGCUAAACUAGAAGCUGGUGAGCAACCAACUGCGCAAAGUGAACCAUCAGAAGUUAAAAGACCAGCUCCACCCCCUCCAAUUCCCUCACCAGAAAAUGAGCCAAAAAACUUGCUUGGGGCCUUGGAACAUCGUUUGAACAUUUAUAAAGCACAAGAAGAAGCAGCAAAAAAUGAAAAUAAUUCUAGUAAGGCAAGAAGAUUCGGGAGAAUUGUAAAGCAGUAUCAGGACGCAAUAACAAUGCAUAAACGUGGAAAACCAAUCGCAUCUGAUGAAUUACCUAUUCCGCCUGGCUAUGGUCCAUUACCAACCGGUAGUGGACAAGGAAGUACAGCAUCAACAGGUGCCAGUACACCAGCUGAAAGUGCAAAAACUAGUCCAGCAAAAAGUCCAACUGUUGUAUCACCUGAAAAAACUUCUACUGAAGAUAAUAAUAAUAAAAAAACUCCUCCAAAACGAGAAUUAACUACAAGAAUUUCAGGAAAUCAAGUAAGCACAAAUUUAGCCGAAAGGCAAAUGCAAAUUUUACUUGAAAGGCAAGCUGAAUUUAAAAAGGCUGCUGUUGAAGCAAAAAAAGGUGGUGAACUAGAACAAGCAAAAGAAUAUCUGAAAAUAUAUAAAGGUUUUGAAAGUUUAUUAAAUGCUGCAAGUAAUGGAUUACCAGUUGAUUUAAGUACACUUCCAAUACCACCAACACAACGAGGUCAAUUAGAAGAUUCAUUUGCUAUUGUAUCUGCAAUAGAUUGUGAAGAUAUUCAAUCAACAGGUGAUGGAAAUGAUGAUAAUGAUGAAGUUGGCAUGAGUAUUCGUUUAGAAGAACAACUUGCAAAACAAUUAAUGAUGUGUAAAAAUACAAGAGAUCAUCAUAGAGCUAUGGGUGAUGUUGCUGGUAUGAAUCGUUUUGAAAAUUUAGCAUUAACAGUUCAAAAAGAACUUGAUCUUAUAAGGUUUUCGAGGAAAAAAAAUAUACCAAUACCAAAAUUUCAUUAUGAAAAACGAAGUUUUAAUAUAGUACAUUGUAAUACAGAUUUAAAUGAUAAUGAAAUUGAAGUAAAUAUAAUACGUGGUAUUUCAUACAAUGUAAAAAAUCCAAAAGAUGUUGAUACAUAUAUAAUGACUGAAUUUCCAUAUCCAAUUGAUAGUCAUUUUACAGCAAAAACAUCAACUAUUAAAAAUACAGCAUCACCAGAUUAUGAUCAAAAAUAUAUAAUUGAAAUACAAAGAUCAAAUCGUCAAUGUCAAAGAAUAUUUAAACGUCAAUCAGUUAAAUUUGAUAUUUAUUCUAAAGGUGGUUUUUUUCGUUCUGAUACAUUAAUUGGUACAGUUAAUGUUAAAUUACAACAAUUAGAAACAAAAUGUGAAAUACAUGAUACAUAUAAUGUUAUGGAUGGUCGUAAAGCAACUGGUGGUAAACUUGAAAUUAAAAUUCGUUUAAGAAAUCCAAUUUUAACAAAACAAAUUGAAAAAAUUGAUGAAAGAUGGCUUGUUUUAGAUAUUUAGAAAAAUGAAAUUUUAAAAAGUAAAUGAAAAGAUGAAAUUAUAUUUGAAAAUUCUUUUUAUUUUAUAAAUUUAUUGCAUUAAAUAUUAAGUAAUAAAGAAAAAGAAAAUUAAUAUUUGAUACAUUAAAAUGUAUUUGAAAAAUAAAUAAAAUUAUUGCCUUAAUUUUGAUAAAAUAAAUAGAUACGUAUACAUAUUGUAAUA